AUGGCUUCAAAGAAGAUAGUUCUUACAGUAAGUUGUUUAUGUCUGAUAUUCUUACAAAUAACAACUGCAUCUUCUGCCAAUAAAAAAAAACAGAGCCCAAAAAUGAUACUUAAAAAAUAUCAUAUUUAUAACGACUGCGAGCCACGCGAGACGUUGGUUAAAGUUUCAGAUUUGCUAUUUGGAUAUCAUAAAGAUUCGACUCCUAUGUACGUUACGUUAAAGCAAUGCCAAGGUGGGUCGUUCCAUAGUCCACUUACAGCAUGCCAACCAACUGAAUUUUCGAAUACUACAAUAUUGGUGGGAUUUCCAAAGCCUAACUCAGAUGAUAUUGAAAAGUGUUAUGAAUAUACUAUUAAGGAACAUAAAGCUUGUGAUAUCUUAUGUAAGACUAAAUCAGAACAUUGCAGGAAGGAGCAAUAUUAUGACGCAAACAAUUGUUCAUGUGAAUGUAAAAAUGAUAUGGAAUGUGAUGAGCCAAUGAUAUUUGACCCGAAAACAUGCAGCUGUGUUUGUCCAAAUGAAGAAGAGUGCACGCACGGUGCUAUAUGGAUUGCAAAACGGUGCAUGUGUAUGCUAGCAUACAUUAGUGAAGCAGGGAAAAAAAUGCUGAAGCCCAUGUAAAAGGCUAAAAAUAGAGUAUAUUAUUUACAUUGAAAUUGUAUUGAUACAGAAAAUAAAGCCAACUGUUAUGAAUUCAAAACAAAGAAAAAGCUGCACAAAAGCCUUACAUCUACUUACAACGUGUCUCAGUAAAACAUUUUGGCCGAAAGAAAGUAUGCAUUCAACAUUAGGGGAGGAAAAAAUCGACUUAAAAUAUUGCGGCUUACAAAUUU